GGGGGGGGGGGGAGGAAUGUUUCUAUAUGAGGGCGAGGCAUGCGUCCCAAAUGGUCUCGAUGGUUUCUGUAGAUUCCAUGAUAAAUCACUCGUGGUUCACUACCCCGUGUCAACAAAGAAAGUCGUCGUUUUGGUACCCUUACCGUUGCUCCAAGCUAUUCGGAAUCGGGAAGCAUCAUGGGCAAAAUAUUUUCAAAACCAGUGAGCAGUGUAUCAUCUGCGCAACACGCUUCGGAAAGUCACAAUACGCCGGUCAUGUUGACAGAGCCUUCUAUGCAGGGUGAUGCGCCUUUCGAGGCAACUCUGGACCAUCAGGCUGCAGACCCACAUCGUAAUAGGACGAUCGACAAUAUAGAGCCACAUGGCUCAGCAUCAGGACACUAUCUCGAGCGAAUGCCGACAAACCCGCCAUUCAAUGAGCAUGAACAGGAUGCGACAACAUGGGGAAGAUCUGGCGAUAGCCCAGUCAGUCCGAAACUCAAUACAAAAGGGCUCCAAGGCGGCUAUAGCCCGCGCUUUUCGAUCGAUUCGACACCUUGUGAGUUGCACCCCGACACUCGAAAGAAAGUAUUCCGAAGGAGCUGGUUUGGAGAGAAGCGAGCAGUGCAAGUUGUUUGCGAGGAUCUCUGCCAGAUCCUCGAGCGAGCUGCGAUCGCUCUUCCAUGGAGUGAAGAAAAUGAGAAGCUAUUUUCUCCUUCCAGUUGGAUUACUGAGCCAUUCGAGGUGAUUGUACAUAACAGAAGCGAGAUAGUGAAGCAUCAUUCAGAGCUCGAUGAUGGGGAUGCCAAGAAGCACCUUGGGUGGUUUCUAGAGCGCUUAGAAGCUCACCAACCUGGUUUGUGGCAGAAGCAAGACGAAAUAUUGUCAGGGAGCUGUCGGCAAGUCCUAUUCGAGCAUCUCUGGCUCCUCUAUCCUCCAGGUAGCACAGUUUUCAGCAUCGAUGAUAGCGCGUGGCGGGCAUAUAUUAUCGAAAGGACCGAAACUGUCACGUUGGAGCAUGCGGCAAUCUUGCAGAUUCAUGUCUGUUAUCUCGACUUCGACGGGACCGGCCGGCGCUUGAUACCACAUAGAACAGUGAUCGAGGUGACUUCUUACACCUCAGAGCGAAAGAUGAGCGCUUUAAGACUGAAGCCGGAGUGGUACAUUGAACGGACCACUCCACUCAUUGUCGCAAACCUGGUUAAGCGAGGAAACGAGUACUCUGGUUUGGGCGGUAAACCACACUACAGGGAAUACGAAGGGGAUGCCUGGCCAAAGGCGUCACAUGAUUCCAAAACCAAGGUCAUUGUGGACUACUCGACGAGCAGCAAGUACACUGCCGCUGGUGAUACAGCCAGAAAUCAAGACGGGAUGUCUUCGUGUCCUGUGUGCAUUGGUGAGUCUCUCGGCUUGUUCUCGUACUCGGAACACGCUGAUGAUGACCCGCAAAUUUGUGUCAACGGCGUGUCUCAUUCAACCCACUGGUCAAAGGCAUCUCAGGAGCUUCAUAUUGGCGACAAGGCACUUCUCUUCUGUCCGCCACGACUAUGGGCCUUCUCGUUGAAUUUCAAGACCUGGAAAUCUGUAUCACACGAGGAAUUGCACGUUGUUGAAUCACAAAACACAUCUUUCGAGCAGGACCUAUGCAUGAAGCAAAGUCGAAAGCAAUCUCUCAGGCACAUCGUGUCUGGCUACAUGAAGGAUACAGAGGAUGUUAAGCUGAUCAGCAGUAAAGAGACAGUUGGCCGGAAGGGCCGGGGUCUAAAUAUACUACUCAGUGGUAGCUCAGGGACUGGGAAGACGUGGACAGCCGAAUGUCUCUCGGAGAAGUUUAAUGUCCCCCUAUAUUCAAUGACUUGUGGCGACCUAGGGGUUCACUCCGGUGUGUUGGAUCAGAAGCUACAAGAAACCUUCACACGCGCCAAAAACUGGAACUCGAUGGUCCUCCUGGAUGAUGCUGAUAUAUAUGUUUAUGAAAGGGACAUAUACAGCUUGAAUCGCAACGCCCUGCUGCCGAUCUUUCUUAGGCACCUGGAAUAUUCAGAUUGCCUUACCUUCAUCAGCAUAUCUCAGUUUGAACCUGUCGAUGCAGCGUUUGCAUCCCGCAUCCACGUCGGGGUACCAUUCCCUAAAUUUGACUUCGGUACUCAGCAGGAAGUAUGGCACCUGGUCAUUGACCGUCUCCCUCAUGACUACCUGGAGAAGGAUGAGUUACAGUACUUCAUCACACAUGAGCUAGGAGAGCUUGACAGUGGCGGGUAUAGAGAGAUGAACGGAAGACAAAUUAGGAACUGCAUCGAUGUUGCCCUAGUUCUCGCUCGAAAUGAGGCUUCCAGCAAACUGCAACAUCACCAUAUAGUGAGGAUAUUGAAGCUUGGGAAAGAUUUCAAGGACCACGUCUUGCAAGUGGCGAACGAAUCGACAGAAUUCAGAGCACGAAACUUUUUCAUCGACUAAAGUAUUAGUCUUUCUUUGUAUCACAACGAAGUCACGAA